UUCGUCACUGUCCGUCAGUCCCCGUCACUUUCCGUCAAUUCUCGCCACUUUCCGUCGCUCUCCGCCGCCCUUCAGUUCCGCUCGGCUCUUCUCCGUCAGGCAUCGUGUACUUUCGUGACUCUCCGUCACCCUCCGUCACUCUCCGGCUGCUGCCUACCCCGCUCUCCGGAUGGUGUCUCGCUGUGUCAUCCAUCACCCAGGCUGGAGUUCAAUGAUGGAAUUUUACUGUGUCAAGAAGCAUUGAAUGCUGAGCGGGAGCUAUGUCAUCCAGAUACAGAUCUCUGCAGAUUUGAUGCUACAGAUGAAGAGUUGAGAUUGUGUCAGGCCUGUGGGUAUGAAUUUGACAUGUGUGAGUGGACGUCAGAAGCAUCUGCUGGCCAAAUUUCCUGGAUGCGCACAAAAGCGAGAGAGAUCCCUGCAUUCGAAUCCACACCACAGCAGGAUCAAGGAGGUGAUGAUGAAGGUUAUUAUGUAUGGGUAGGCGCUAAGCAUGCUUUCACUCUUAACCAUUUAGACAGCAGGGCUUAUCUAAAUAGCUCUGUGUGUCAUUGCCUGGGCAAGAGCUGUCAUCUUCAAUUCUAUUAUGCAAUGGAAAGCAGUGUCCUGAGAGUAAGACUGUAUAAUAAUAAGGAAGAAGAAAUAUUUUGGACAUACAACAUAUCAACUCACAGCCAAUGGGUGAAAGCAGAUGUGUUAAUACCAGAAGAUCUGAAGACAUUUAAGAUUAUUUUUGAAGGGACUCUUUAGAGCCAGAGAAGUUUUAUUGCCCUUGAUCACCUCUGGGUCUAUGCCUGUGGACAGACCCAAUCCAGAAAGCUUUGCUCUGCAGACGAAUUCCCUUGCACUAGUGGCCAGUGCAUCGCCAAAGAAUCUGUCUGUGACUCUCGGCAGGACUGCUCCGAUGAGAGUGAUGAAGACCCAGCAACUUGCUCAAAGCAUCUCGCCUGUGACUUUGAGUCGGGUUUCUACGGUUGGGAGCCAUUUCUCACAGAAGAUUCACACUGGAAGCUGAUGAAAGGAUUGAAUAAUGGAGAGCACCACUUUCCUGCAGCUGAUCACACAGCAAACAUAAAUCAUGGGUCUUGCUCUGUUGACCAGACCGUGACCUCCUGGGUUCAAGCGAGGACUCAGCCUCCUGAGUAGCCGGGACUACAGGUUCUUGUUCUGUCAUCCAGGCUGGAGUGCAGACGUUAUCCAAGCUCACUGCAGCCUUAAACUCCUGGGAUACGUGGAACCUCCCACCUCAGACUCUCAAGAAGCUGGGACUACAGGUGGACACGCGCCCACUGAUACUCCUUCUAAUUGCCACAUGUGAGAGGAGGAUAUGACACGUGAUAUCGCAGGGAGUAGAAACACCCCUGUGAUACUGUUCUUCAUAUUCAGGGAUGAAGAGGAUGAUAUUAAUCCCAAUACAGAUGGGUGUGCACCCUCUGUACACCGAGGUUGUACACCCGUCUGUGAAAGUGUUCGUAAUCUCCAGAGGGGGAGAAUAUAUUACUCACAAUAUGGUAAAGAGGCUGUGAGUCCACGGAGGAUCCUCAGAGCCAGCGGGGGAAGAGGAGCUGGCUCUCAGUCCCUCCCUCACGGGGGUGACUACCCCCACUGCGAUGGGGGACCUAAGAGCCAGUGGGGGAAGAGGGGCUGGCUCUGAGUCCCCGCCUCGCUGGGGUUGCCUCCCCCCCCUGCGAUGGGGGUCCUAAGAGCCAGGAGCAGAAGAGGGGCUGGCUCUCUGUACCCGCCUCUCGGGGGGUGCCUCCCCCCCGUGAUGGGGGUCCUAAGAGCCAGAAGGCUUAGAGGGGCUUGCUCUCAGUCCCCGCCUCGUGGGGGGUGCCUCCUCCCCCUGCGAUGGGGGUCCUAAGGGCCCAGGAGGAAGAGGGGCUGGCUCUGAGUCCCCGCCUCGCGGGGAGUGCCUCCCCUUCCUGCGACGGUGGUCCUAAGAGCCAGGGGGGAAGAGGAGCUGGCUCUCAGUCUCCGCCUCGUGAGGUGCCUCCCCACCUUGCGAUCAGGGUCCCAAGAGCCAAGGUGGAAGAGGGGCUGGCUCUCUUUGUGGAUGUUUCUUUUUCCAUUCUCAGGCAGUUUUCUUUUUUCUUUCUUUUUUUUUUUUUUGAGACUGUGUCUUGCUCUGUUGCCCAUGCUUUGCUGAAUCUCAGGUGACUGCAACCACUGCCUCCCAGGUUCAAGAGAUUCUCCUGCCUCAGCCUCCUGUGUAGCUGGGACUAGAGGCGUGUGUCACCACACCCAACUAAUUUUCGUAUUUUUAGUAGAGAUGGGGUUUCACCAUGUUUGCCAGGAUGGUCUCUAUCUCCUGACCUUGUGAUUCACCCACCUCAGCCUCCCAAAGUGCUGGGAUUGCAGGUGCGAGCCACCGGAUCCAGCCUCUCAGACGAUUUUCAUACCUGCAUACUCUGAUCACUACUCUAUUAAACAGUCAACGAGGCUGAGUGCCACGUGCUGACAUCACUAAGAUCAAUACAGCAAACUCUGAAAGAUGGACAGGGAGACAGGAGAUGGUCCUUUAUAAUGCAGUGUGAUCUGUGCUGCAAUAGAGUUUUGGAAGCUAGAAGUUCAAAACGAGGUGUUGGCAGCACCAUGCUCUCUCUGAAGAUGCUAGGAAGAAUCUGCUCCAUGCCUUUCCAUUCGCUUCUGGGGUUUCCUGCAAGCCCUGACAUUCCUUGGCUUGUAGAUGCAUCACCCCAGUUUCCGCCCCCAUCAUCACAUGGCCUCCUCUCUGCGUGUGCCUCUGCCUUCCCUCUGUUCUUCUUCUAAGGACACCGACACCAGUCAUAGUGGAUUAAGGGUCCACUCCUAACUAAUUAUAUCUGCAACAACCCUAUUUCCAAAUAAAGUCACAUUCUAAGA